AUGUCAUCACUGUCAUCGAUAUCAGACGAUCCAAUAGAACAAUUUUUCAAGACUGAAGCUGGUGCUCUUUGCAUCCGGAGUGGAAUUGUAUUGCUUUGCACAGGUAGUCUCGAUGGUCUGCUCAGAAUACAAACGAAUCGUGAUGAAGCGCGUAACGACCAGUCCAAUAUGGAGUUGAAACCAAUGGCGUCGAGCUCAAGAAGCGGUCAUUACAGCAUAUUUUCACCGCCUAUCCCGAUCGUAAAGAAAAAUUUGUGGUUCCUGUACAAUUUCCGCGGUCGGGAGUGUCGUGAAUUAUGCUAUCCACGAUAG